UCUCUCAGUAGGAAUGGAUGGCCCAAAUGUAAAUUUCAAACUCCUGGAUCUCCUUCAAAAGGAACAUGCUGAGCUGCAUGGAGGUGCUCAAGUCCUGAUGGUUGGGAGCUGUGGACUCCAUACCCUCCACAAUGCCAUGAAGGCAGGCUUUACAGGCUGGCAAAUUGACAAACUCCUGCGCGCUCUCCAUUACCUCUUCCACAACGUUCCUGCCCGGAGAGAGGACUACACCAACAUCACCGGGUCGUCCUGCUUUCCCCUCUCUUUCUGCGGCCACAGAUGGGUGGAAAAUGUGCCGGUUGCAGAGAGAGUCCUGGAAGUUUGGACCAUGAUUCAGAAGUUUGUCAAUGCUGUUGAGGAUAAGAAGGUCACAAAACCAAACACGGCCUCUUAUGAUGCCAUCCUGGCAGCACAAGGGGAUCCACUCUUAAUCCCAAAGCUUCAAUUCUUCCUCGCCAUUGCGAGAAGUUUUAACCCAUUUCUCAAGAAGUACCAAACAGACGAGCCAGUGUUGCCUUUUUUGGCAGAAGAUUUAACUGAGCUCCUGUUGAGUUUACUGCGGCGGUUCAUCAAAAGGGAACUCCUACAGGACCAAACCCCCCUGCAGCUGAUUAAAUUGGACAUCUCUGAGGAGAAGAACUGGGUCUCCCUCAAAAGGGUAGAUAUAGGCUUGGGGGCUGAAUCUGCCAUCAAGGUGAUGUCAUCAUUCAACAAUUCACAUCCUUUCUCUCGGUCGUGGGCAGAGAAGAAGAAUUUGUUUCCUUCCAACCCCUGAGGCAGCGUCUGGAUGUCUUUCUCCACUCCAAACUCUGCACGUCCCACCCUGACCUGCUAAAGUUCUGCCAAAGUGCUCUCCUCCUGUCCCAUGGACAAGCCACAGUGGAGAGAGGCUUCUCAGUAAAUAAGGAGGUAGAAACGUGCAACCUCCGUGAUGAAUCUCUCGAAGCCCUCAGAUUAAUCUGCGAUAAGGUAAUUGUCUGUGGCGGCGUUCUGAAAGUUCCUCUGACCAAGGAGCUCCUGGCCUCUGCUGCUUCAUCGAGGUCACAAUACAGGCUAUACCUUGAUAGUGAGCGGAAAAAAAAGGAGAAUGCCACACAGGAGCUGAAGAGGAAAGCAGCAGAGAAAGAGCUGGAGGACCUCCGGGACCGGCGGCAGGUACUCCACAGUGUGUGCCAUUCACUCCAAAAUGACGCCGACAAAUAUGCAGAGAUGGCCGAGGGAAAGGCAGGAACAAAGAUGGCUGAGCUCAUCACAAAAUCAAACACUUUUCGGAGAAGACACAGGGAAAAAAAGCAGAACUUCUCCAAGUGGAUAAAAUGAUUGAAGAAAAGGCCACACAGUUGAGGCACUUGUGACCCUGCUGGCUAACUGUUGUUUAAGUUCUCUCUCUCUCUCUCUCGGACAGUUUUUGCGUCCAGUUGAAGUUAAAGUUAUUUCUUUGUUAAUAAGAUAUUGUAAUUACAGUGAAAGUUGCACUUUAUUAUUAUCUAGUUUAUUCUUUUUUUUCAAGGCCCUAAUUUAACCACUUGAAAUUAGUUUUUGUUAUGCAAUUGUUACUUUUUGACAUUUUGAGUAAAAACUAUGGACCAAG